CGAAAAACAAAUAUCACCAUUGGACUCAGCAUAAUGCAUUGCCGCUAUUUAGCUGCUUUUCCGGGUGAUCAUAGAUCAAUUGACUGAAAUUGAAGGUCUCAGGAAAAGUCUUGUAACUGUGUAAUAGAGCAAGUUAGGAGUGUCGGCUUUGCAUUGAUCGAAAGAGAAAUAGCUUCAGAACAUUGUUUUUAAAAAUCUUCACAAAGAACUCAUCUGUAUCAAUAGUUAUUCAAAAAAUAGUGGAACACAUUAUAUUUUGACAUGGAUAGUAGUCUUCUUGACUGUUUGGAGUGUGAACAUAAGUGAACACACGAUCAACAUCCAUUCGUAAAUAUGAACUUCUUGACUUUUCAUUUGAUAGCAAGAGCUCUGUUUUAUUUUUAAUAUAAAUAUGGAUUUAUUCAAAUAAAAUUAUAUUCUUGUAUUUCUUUAAUUUUGUUCCUUAUGUCAGGAGGCUCAUCUGUCGAUGUACCAAAUAGAAUGAUAAAAAGGAAAUAUUAUCUAAUUUUGAUUAUUUUCUAAAAGGUCUUUUACAUCGUUUAUGUGUUAUGCUAACAAUGACAACUAUUCCACCUGAUGUUCUAGCUGAAGCCAUCAAUACAAUUGGUGAUAUUGUCCGUGGUAAUAACGAAAAUCAACAAUUUUUGGGUGCUGUAAUGAAUAAUACGGGUGAAAUUCCACAACCAGUGUUAUUAAGUCUUCUUUAUACAAUGGUUGCUGGCGAAAAACAACUAUUUCCAUUACGAAUAUCUAUUCUUUAUUGUUUUCAAUGUUACUUAUAUAAAAAUGAUUAUGGAAAAUCAAUGAUUGUACAAACACUUUUACCUCAAACAGCAAAUGUUCCUAAUCAAUAUACAUUAGGUCAUUUACUAAUUAUUGGUUAUUUAAGUAAAGAUAUUAUUGCUUCAUGGUGCUCAAGUAUUGCUCUAUCACAUUUAAUUAUGGAUAAUCAACAACUUAAAGAAGCUAUACUUAAAGUUGUACUUUCAAUUGAUCAAUCUCAAUCUAAUGCUAAAACAUUAAUGGAAAUAUCCAUUGAUCUAUUAGAAAAUUCUUCAUCUUCGUUUCAUACACGUAUUUCCAUACUUAUUUUUCUAUGUACAUGGUUGUCAAAUUGUACAUUAGCUGUACAAGCAUUUCUUUCCAUUCCAAGUAGUAUUUCUUAUCUGAUUUCACAAAUUUGUGCUCAAUCAGUAGCAGAUGAUCUUGAAGUUCUUAUACAAUCAUUAUGUUCAUUUGCCUUUGGAUUAUGUUUACUAUUUAAUAAUAAUCAAAUAUCAACUUGUUCAACAGAAUCACUUGAACGAAUUAUUAAAAAACGUAUUGGUAUCGAUUUAUUUCAAGAAAAACUUGAAUUACUUUCUAAAUCCGAUUAUUAUGCUAAAGCUUUAUAUAAACCUCAACUAAAACUCUCAAAAUCAAAUGAUAUGGCUCUGGAUUAUGAAUUUGCUCGUUUGUAUAAAAUUCUUGAAGGUUCCAUUACACGACUAUUAACAACACGUACAAAUGAUGAACAACCAAGAUCAUCUGAUCAAUCAUCAACAAUGUUAGUGCAAUAUACAGAUUUAAUUCAACAACAAAGUCAACAAAUAAAUACCUAUCAACAACAAGAAAAACAAUUUUUUGAAGAACGUGAUUUUUAUCAAAAGAAAAUUGCUGAAUUAGAACAAUCAUUACAAGAAAUUCGUGAUCAAUAUACUUCAUUGAAAUUUUCAUCUGAACAAAAACAAAAUUCUGAUGAUGGAUUACGGACAAUAUGUGAACAACAACAAAUGGAAUUAGAAUAUUUAAGAAAUAUGAUGGCGUAUCAACAACAACAACAACAACAACAGCAAUACUACUAUUUAACACAACCAAUUGAAAAUGGUAUUGAACAAAUUAAUUUAAACAACAAUGAUAAUCAAAUUGUGCAGAAUGAUGAACGAAAUUCUGUAAAUGAACAAGCAGUAUUGAAAGCUCAAAUUAGCGAAUUACAAGAAAAACUAAAUGCAUUUGAUGAACGAUGUAGAGUACAAACUGAUGAAAUAGCUCGUCUUCAAUUAGAAAAUAAUGUUUUACAAGAAAAAAUUACAAAUGAAAAAAGAAAAGUUUCAAUACUUGAAAGUCUUGAAGGUCAAAUGCAAGAAAUAAUCGAUGAAAAAGCUAAUUUAAAUAAUGAAUAUCAAAAAUUAAAUCUUGUUUAUCAACAAAAUCAAAAAGAACAAAAUGAUGUACUUGUUCUUUGUUCAACUUAUGAAGAUCAUUUGAAACAAUGUCGAAAUAUAAUUCAAUCGGCUGGAUUAACAGUACCAAAAUUUUUACUUGAAAUGGAUAAUACAGAAUGA